GUUUGAUAAACUGGAGGUUGCUGAGGAGUACAUGGGAUUUCACCUCACCACUUGCUUCGACGCUGAUGGUAACGAGGAACCGGACAACCACAAACAGGUGUCACUGCAUUUGCAGAAGUUCGUCGGGUACGGCAUGCGAGCCGCUGCUAUGCCUCCUUUUGAUAAGUCGCGGAAAAAAGACCGAUCGCAGGUCGUGAUGCUCCGCCCUUUCGAUUUUCUCAAGAGAAUUAACUACCACAAGGUGUUUAGCCAUGUAUGCACGGUGGACAGCAAAUUGGCGCUCUCGGAACCCCUCAUACCGUUCGAUAUUCAACUUGACGAAUUCGCAUCGAAGCUUCGGUCUUAUAAAUUGCAGGCGCUGGGCCAGGCUAUUCUACACAGUGCGAUCUCUGUUGGGUCGCCGCAUGGCGGUGGGGACCCGGGUGCUCGACAAAUCAGCUCGGUGGGAAUUACCGAAUGUGAUAAGGUCGUAGAGAAGUCUAAGCCUGUCCAGAAGUCUGAUCUCGCGCCGCGUUCGCUAACGAAUACGGUGUCCAAAUGGUUAUCGCCGGGUCUGAAGCGAUGGCAAGGUCCGACGGAAGUUUCGUCUUCACGUCAUGAUGGUGGCAGCGAAGUUGGCGAGGAUCCUGAGAAGACGGAGGACGACUUAUCAGUUGAGCAACCUGUGCUUGAGAGAAAUAAUGAAGGGAACGAAGGACAUGACGAAGACGAAAACGAUCAGUUCACUAGCUAUGACGGUGGGGACGGUGACGAACAGGGAGUCGGGGACUGCGAGGAAGGGGUGGAAGAAGAGGACGGAGGCGACGACGACGACGGUGGGGAUGACGAGGAAGACGGUGACGACCAUCGUGGGCUCAAAGAUAGCGAUGACGACGAGGGAACUGGGGUUCGGGGGGCGGAGGACGAAGACAGCUACGAAGCGGGGAGCGAAGGGGAAGAGGACGAAGCCAAUGAACACGGAGUGUCUGUCAAUGAGUCUCGCAAAUGCGUCGACAGUCAGAGGCUUCGCUCUGGAGACGAGGACGUCCUCAACACACAGAUAUCAGUAUGCUCGGGGAAGAGAAAAUCGAGAGCUAGCGGUGAUGAGGAGCAGAGGCGAAGACAGUCGAAGUUGAUAGGUUUGACAGCUUCGGAGGAGGCGUAUAAAAAGGCAUUGGACGCACAGUCGGCGAAGCCGGCGAAGGAAAAGCGCGAGGGACCACGCUCUUCCCAACGACAAAAGAAGAAAGCGAAGACAGGCGGUCGGGGCCAACACACGGCGGAAGCUGCGAAGAGGUUGGAGCGAUCGAACUCUCCUGCUACCAGGAAAUGGGGCGUGCGGUCAUGGAAAGCACGUGCGGUGUACUUCGAUGAUGACCAUCUUGACGGGUAUGUCUACAUUUCCACUUUUGACAACACAAGGGAGACUCGAUUUAUCCCUUCGUCGUUCGGAAUGGCUGUCACCGCAAUAAGAGGGUUGUGGGGUCAUUUGAAAUGCCCGAAGGGCGACUGGCAUCUGGCGAAAACAAAAGAUGACAAGGUGGUGCAGCAGCAGAACUAUCACGCUUUUUUGCGCAAAGCGAUACGGAUGACACCAGACACCGAGCUCUGGAAUCAGUCGCUGAACAACAAAUUUGUCCGUAAUUGGUCCAACCUCUUGAGGCCGUUCAUGUGCCUUGCCACCACUGGCAACGCAGUGUGGCAGUUGGUGAACCGGUUCUUCGACAUGUGGGAGAAAGGGGAAUUGCCUGGGCWGGAUGGAGUCAGGCCGGUUGAUCAAGAGGGGAKGCCAGGCGAGGCGUCCGGUGCWGGUCCRGCUGCCAAAACAGUGAAACGRAAAAAGGAACUGGUGCACUACGUGCAGUCGAACAAAAGUCCAAAUGGGUACUAUGUGUGUGUUCAUGACCCUCCGGCGAGCGCUUGGAAAGUGUUCGGGGAUUUCACURCUAGGGAGAAGGAGAUGGCAUUGGAUUUGAUUUUGGCAGGGAAGGUCGUUGUCACCACCGGCAGGACUUUCGCCAAGAAACUGAUGAACAUGAACGACCUCUACACAGAAGUGCGCAGGGAGAGAUACAUGGUGCACAUGUUCAACUACGUGCUCUUCAAGUCGGAACGCACGGGACAGCGUGAGUGGAAUGACGAUUUCUUCAUCGGGUAUGAUGAUAUUAUGAAGAGGUUUGAGCCGCACGGGUUGACGAAAGAGAAAUGGGAGAAGACGAAGAUGAAACUUCCAGUUGAGAGAACGAACAACGUGCCAAAACGAUUGGGGGGGGUGGAUGAGGGAAAGUUGGGACAGGGGAAUGUGGGGGGGUACAAGGUGACGACUGAAAUGUAUAUCGAGUGUCCGUACUUCAUCAAAUUGUUCCUGCAUGAGAUAGUGGGAGCGGUGAGCCAGUUGAAGGACGAGCUUCAGCACGUCAACGCAAAUGCACAGCUAAUACAGUGGGAUAAGCGGAAGUGUAAUACAACGUAUUUGCCGGUGUGCAUGGCGCCUUUGGAUGGGCUGCAAUUGACAGAGGAUCUGACUCGUGCUGUGAAGAAAUUGAGUUGUCACCUUGCGGUGCUAGACCUGGUUCCCCACAAGAAUCUGGAUUCAUGGACGGAGCAGAGGUUUGUGGAACUUCAGCAAAUGAUGACGACUCUGUGUGGGGCACAUUGGACACUCAUCAUUUUCAGUGGAUUGAAGGGCGAGGACUACAUUCUGAGGAACAUCUUCAGGAAGAAGAGAGAAUCUUUAUGGAAGUACUUGUUCUGCAAUGCUCCUGACACACGAACGGAGACUGAUUACGUUGCGCGAAAAGUCGACGCUCUCCAACACCUCCAGUGGUACCACGACGCCAAGAUUGGUGCAAUCGAGAUAUUUCUGGCACGUUGCGAGGACCUGUGGUUCGACAGAAAGAUGCGUCGCAUCGACGCAAGGAUUUAUAACGAAGCGUUGGAACCUGAAGACCGUUUCGAUAUAAUGGGCAGUGAGGAGGAUACCGAUGAUGACGAGAUCGACCUGCCGUUGCCUGAUGCAAGAAACCACGCAGCUGACAAGAACAUGCGCACCGGGUCUUUAUCGAGGGGGCACCCGGUGAUAGCCCCCGACUCGAUGGAGAGGGAGGAAGGUGGUGGUAUGGAGGGAGUUCAUAUGACACAUGGUCGUGAAGUGAGAAAUGAUGAUGAAGAAGCUGACGAGGAUGCAAACCUCGAACACAACAUGGACGUGGACAGCGAGGAUGGAUUGGGAAAGGAAGCUUCGUGCCGUGGCAGAUCCGGCGGCAGCAGUUCGAACGUGAUCAACUUGAUCGAGCAAUCAGUUAACCAGUGCAAUGAAGGCGAACGCAGCUGUGUACAUGGUUGGACUAUUCACUUAGCAACGGACGCCCUCAAUGAGACCGGAGAAGAGGCAUUACGCCACAUGAGUAUAGAGCUGAAUAAUACGAAAACAUUGACAAGCACGAAGAAUGAAGCUAGUGGAGAGCAGUUGUUAUUCACCGUGUAUGAUUUCAGCAUCCUCAUGAACGAGAACGAGUGGUUGAACGACAACAUUGUGAAUUUCUAUAUGAAAAUGAUUCUGCAUGACAACAAUUGCAGAACAUUUCAUCACGAAUGUGACAAUCAGUUUGACAAGUCCAAUCUAUGUAGCACGAGGACGAUCCCCGUCACAGCUGCAUAAAACUCAUACUUUUUCACUAAACUUCUAGGCAGGAACAUGGAAUAUAAGUACAACAAAGUUGCUAGAUGGUU